AUGUCAUUUCAUUUAACUUCGAUUCUAUACUUUGUUGUCCUCAUCAUCACCCUUUUGCCACAAAACUCUGAUGGUUCCCUGAACCCAAAGUUUGAAGCUUGUGAAGCCAAAACAUGUGGCAAUAACCAAACCAUAAGCUACCCUUUCUACAUUGAAGGGAUACAAGAGCCCUUUUGUGGGUACCCUGGUUUUGGCCUCUCUUGUGGCAACGAUGGCUUCCCAUUUCUCAACAUGUCCAAUGCCAAAUACAUGAUCCACCAAAUAUUUUACAACAACAACUCAAUGCGUGUGUCAAAUGCAGUGUUUUCAACACCAAACACUAGGAGUAGUUGUCUUCGUCGUACACACAACCUCACUCUUUCGGGUACGAGGUUGGCUCUAGCUCCCAACCAAAGGGAACUUAUUUUGUUGUUCGGAUGUGACAUGCAUGGAAAAAACACAAUUGGAUGUUCUGAAGAAAACAAAACGAGUUCGGUUGUGGCCAUGAAUAGGGAAGACCAAAACUUGAGGUUUUCUUUGAUGAAUUGCAAGGGUGGGGUGGUGAAUGUGACGGUGGAAGAUGAGGUAAGAGGGGUUCAAGAAGCAUUGAGAAGAGGGUUUGUGUUGAUUUGGACUGUUAGUGAUUGCAACAAGUGCAGAAACAGUGGAGGGAAGUGUGGCUUUAACACAGACAUAUUCAGUUUCAGAUGUUACUGCCCUCAUGAUACUCAUGCAAGGAAAUGUUCCCAAGAAAAAUCUGGAAAUUCGAUUGUUAUAUUGGCAACAGGUGAUGCAUUUUACAUAUUUAACUCACGGUUUCUAAUUUUAUUAAUUCCAGUUUUUGCUGCUGCGGGAUUUGGAGUUUUAAUUAUUGCAGUAUACUGUUUUAGAAGGAAACUACGGUUCAUAUUCUGGAAGGAGAAAUCUAGAGCAAAUCAAGAUUUUGAGGUCUUUCUCAGGAAUUAUGGACCACUUGCUGUAAGAAGAUAUAGCUACAUAGAAAUAAAGAAAAUGACCAACUCUUUCAAAGAAAAAUUAGGCCAAGGAGGCUAUGGAAGUGUGUUCAAAGGGAAGUUAGAAGAUGAAUCUCUAGUUGCCGUUAAGGUUUUGAAUGAGUUAAAAGGAAAUGGAGAAGAAUUCAUCAAUGAGGUAGGAAGUAUUAGCAAGACUUCUCACGUGAACAUUGUCACACUCAUUGGUUUUUGCUGUGAAGAAUCCAAGAAAGCUUUAGUCUAUGAGUUCAUGGCUAAUGGGUCUCUAGAGAAGUUCAUAUUUGAGACUAAUAACUUGACAGAUGAUUGCCAAUUGAAUUGUGAAAUGUUGUACCAAAUUGCAAUUGGUGUUGGUCGAGGACUAGAGUACUUGCACAGAGGAUGCAAUACUCGAAUAUUUCAUUUUGACAUAAAGCCUCACAACAUAUUGUUAAAUGAGAACUUUUGCCCAAAGAUCUCUGAUUUUGGACUUGCCAAAAUAUGCCCCAUAAAUGAGAGUGUUGUGUCUAUGAUGACUGCUAGAGGAACAAUAGGAUAUAUUGCUCCUGAGGUAUUUUGUAGAAAUAUUGGGGUAGUAUCUCACAAAUCAGAUGUUUAUAGUUAUGGAAUGAUGGUGUUGGAAAUGGUUGGGGGAAGAAAGAAUAUUAAUGUUGAAGUUGAUUCCACAAGUGAAAUAUAUUUUCCUUAUUGGAUUUACAAACGUUUGGAACUAAAUCAAGAGCUUGCACUAAGGAAUGUUGUGAAUGAAAGUGAAAUAGAAAAGAUUAAAAAGAUGGUAUUAGUAAGUUUGUGGUGUAUACAAACUAAUCCUUCACACCGUCCAACAAUGCAUAGAGUGGUGGAGAUGCUUGAAGGGAACGUUGAAACCAUACAAGUACCACCAAAACCUUUCUUAUCAUCUCCUUCAACAUCACCACAUUCUUCUCCCUCUCGUUGA